UCACGUUGCGCAUCUCGGCCCAAUCAACAGAAACUUUUUUUUCCCUCCCCUAACAGAGAUUUUUAAGAUGGCGACCGCCGAACCGGAAACCAGCUCGAGUCCAACCCUGCCUGAUGACGAAGGAGCCGAGGAGACUGGACUAGAGAUUGUGAACCCAGAGUCCUACAUCAAACACCCCCUCCAGAACAGAUGGUCCCUGUGGUUCUUCAAGAAUGACAAGAGCAAAACAUGGCAGGCCAACCUGCGACUCAUCUCCAAAUUUGACACGGUUGAAGAUUUCUGGGCACUCUACAACCAUAUCCAAUUGUCAAGCAACCUCAUAUCAGGCUGCGAUUACUCCCUUUUUAAGGAUGGCAUCGAACCCAUGUGGGAGGACGAGAGGAACAAGCACGGCGGGCGCUGGCUGCUCACGCUCAACAAGCAGCAGAGGAGACUCGACCUGGACCGCUUCUGGCUGGAAACCCUCCUGUGCCUGGUCGGAGAGGCCUUCGGCGACAGCAACGACCAGGUCUGCGGCGCGGUGGUCAACAUCCGCACCAAAGGAGAUAAAAUAGCCGUGUGGACAUCGGACUACGAGAACCGGGACGCCGUGACUCUCAUCGGGAGCGUUUACAAGGAGCGCCUGGGGCUUCCUGCCAAGAUGACCAUUGGCUACCAGUCUCACUCCGACACGGCCACCAAGAGCGGUUCGACCACCAAGAACAGAUUUGUGGUUUGAGAAAUGCCCGGUGUGCCUUCCUUUUCCUGUCCGAGUGGUUGUUGGUUCACAUGUUUACUUUGCUGCAAAGACUCUGCGGAAAGGCAAUCUAGAAGAGGAAGAAAAAAAACGUUUGUCAAAUGUUUCCAUAACCUACCCGGGACUUGAACCACAUGAAACAAACAUGGACAAGCAGAUGUACAUGAGUCUUCCUAAACACUAACAAAAAGAGGUUUAAUUAUUAAUGAGUGAUUAGAGGGUGCCGCAUAUUUUACUAAAGACGUUUGUGGUUUUUUUUUCUUCUUUAAUGUCAAAGAAUCCUGAAAUGUUAAAAACAUACAUACAUAAAUGUAUGUAUGUUUACUUUUCUCCAAUUUAUUACAGCACUUGUUGGUUUGCUGUAACCCUGAAUGACAUGAAACUUUUAAUUUAUUUUUUAAUUUGCCUGCAUAUGAUUAGAUUUAGACUUUCUUUUUUUUGUUGCCUUGAACUUGUGCACGUAAUCAACCUUUAAAAAAAGUAUUUUAUGACUCAUAUUAAUUUGAGUGUUAAUAUAAUUAAAACGUUGGUUUUGCAAUUA